AUGACACCGGAGAUCGAUGAACAUUUGAGCGAGUGGACGUGGCAACGUGUGGUGACCACCAAGUAUCAGUGGCACGCUAUCGUGGACAGGACGACGUUCCACUUGGCCAGCUGUCACUGA